UAAUGGAAAAAGUAAAGCUAAAAUCUUUGGAGAUGUGGAAUCGUUGGAUGGAUAAAGGAAUUUGUGAUUCGGCCCUACCUACUAUAUUCUUGGCCCGCACUUAAGCCACCCGGCGUCAGAAGGCAGUAGGAUAUCCAUCGUUCUCCUACUCCGCUAUUCCAUUCCAUUCUUAUCGCCAUUCUCUUCCACUUUCUUGCUUUUCAGUCCUUCUCUCCCACCCCGUAUGAACGGCUAUCGAAUUCACUAGAAAAUGGGCACUGGUGCAUCUAGGAAUCCUGACAGUAGCUCCCAUGGCAGCGAAGAGAGAGAAGACCAAGCUGGGGGCCAGCUCUACGUCUCUCUCAAGAUGGAGAACUGCAAGCUGAAAGAGGAACUUGCACCCCACGUUUAUGGCUCUGUACCCCUCGUUGGCUCCUGGGAUUCUUCCAAAGCACUCCCGAUGGAACGAGAAUCGACGUCUAUGUGGGAAUUAAGUUUUGUUGUACCUCCUAAUCACGAGACGUUGGAUUUUAAGUUUUUGUUGAAACCCAAGUAUAGCAAUGGCCCUUGCUUAGUGGAGGAGGGUCCAAACAGGCAAUUGACAGGGGGUACAUUACAAGGGGACCGGCCAUCGGCCACGUUUAAGUUGAGCGAUGAUGCGGUUCUUGAGUACAGAGUGUUCAUUAAAGCAGAUAGGGUUUCCCCAUUUGAUCUUGCAGCAAGUUGGAGAGCAUAUCAGGAGAAUUUCCAGCCUUCUAGCGUUCGUGGAAUCCCAGACGUCAGUAUAAACUCAGCUGCGGAAGCCAGUAAUGAGAAUGGAUCUUCGGCAAGUUUGGAGCUUGAUCUUGAGCAUUAUGUUGUUCCAGCUCCAACAACAUCUGCAAAUUCAGGUCUGGUUUAUGCAGCUAACAUGACAGAAACUCCUAGGUCUUUGAGUCGUAGAGGGGUAUUUUCCAAGACUGAUGGCUCUAGUGGUGCAUUACAUUACCAGAGAGAUACUGGUGUUUCUGUUGAUCGACCUGAUCUGACGCCGAUGGAAGUCACUGUCCCAGAUGCAGCCAAAAUAUCUUCAGGAUCUGGCUUGGUCGAGUCAAAGUCGGUUGGAACUUUUUCACCUGUGCAGAAACAAGAAGGUCAUAGAGGACUCUUUGUGGAUAGGGGGGUAGGAUCUCCUAGACUAGUGAAGUCAGCAAGUGCAACAACUUUCUUUGUUGAUCUCAAACUUGAUUCAGAAUCCAAGAAUUCCAUGCCGGCUGCUGCAGGAGCUGUUGCAGCUGCAGCUGUAGCAGAUCAGAUGCUUGGCCCAAAGGAGGACAGGCAUCUAGCAAUUGUCUUAGUUGGGUUGCCUGCGCGGGGCAAAACCUUCACUGCAGCUAAACUUACUCGGUAUCUUCGUUGGUUAGGUCAUGACACCAAACAUUUCAAUGUUGGGAAGUAUCGGAGGCUAAAGCAUGGAGUUAACCAGUCUGCUGAUUUUUUCCGAGGUGACAAUCCAGAAGGCUUGGAAGCACGCAAUGAGGUAGCAGCACUUGCAAUGGAGGAUAUGAUAUCUUGGAUGCAAGAGGGUGGCCAGGUUGGGAUAUUUGAUGCAACAAAUAGUACAAGGAAAAGAAGAAAUAUGCUUAUGAAAAUGGCUGAAGGAAAAUGCAAGAUUAUCUUUUUAGAGACACUAUGUAAUGAUCGGCAGAUAAUUGAAAGAAAUAUACGUCUCAAAGUUCAACAAAGCCCGGACUAUGCAGAAGAGCCAGAUUUUGAAGCUGGGUAUCAUGAUUUUAAAGUCCGACUAGAAAAUUAUGAAAAGGUUUAUGAGCCAGUGGAUGAAGGCUCUUAUAUCAAAAUGAUUGAUAUGGUCAGUGGCCACGGUGGACAAAUACAAGUGAACAACAUUAGUGGCUACCUUCCUGGGCGGAUAGUAUUCUUCCUGGUAAAUACGCAUCUGACACCCCGUCCAAUUUUGCUCACCCGGCAUGGGGAGAGCCUAGACAAUGUUAGAGGUCGAAUUGGGGGUGACAGCGUCAUAAGUGACUCUGGUGAGCUUUAUGCAAAGAAACUUGCAAAUUUUGUGGAAAAACGUCUUAAAAAUGAAAGGGCUGCUUCUAUAUGGACUAGCACAUUACAGAGAACAAUUUUAACAGCAAGCCCGAUAGUUGGAUUCCCAAAGAUACAAUGGCGUGCACUUGAUGAAAUUAAUGCAGGUGUAUGUGAUGGGAUGACAUAUGAAGAAAUAAAGAAAAAUAUGCCCGAGGAGUAUGAAUCACGUAAAAAGGACAAAUUGAGGUACAGAUAUCCUCGUGGGGAAUCUUAUCUUGAUGUUAUACAAAGGCUGGAGCCAGUGAUUAUUGAGCUCGAACGGCAAAGAGCUCCCGUUGUGGUGAUAUCUCAUCAGGCAGUUUUGAGGGCUUUGUAUGCUUAUUUUGCUGAUAGGCCAUUGAAAGAGGUUCCCCACAUUGAGAUGCCACUUCACACAAUAAUAGAGAUACAAAUGGGAGUUACUGGCGUGCAGGAGAAAAGAUACAAGCUCAUGUGAUAGCUGGCGAAAACUUAACAUCUUCAGUAGUAAGCUUCAAUUCCUUAAAGCUAACAAAGCUCAACACUUUUAGUAAUACAAAGUGACACAAACAUUAUGUCGUCAGUUCAUGUGAAUUGCUUUUACUGCCAGGGUUUUGUUAAGACAGGAAAUAAAAUUUACAACUGCUGGCACCUCAAUAUGUCAAUACACCAUUAAUUGGAACUACUGGAAACAAUCAUUAAUCUCAUGGCCCCCUCCUGUAAUUUUCCAUCUUAAUUUACUUAUUUACUGGCUGUAAGCGAUUCUUGGGCUUGCCAUGGAAUCGGAAUAGAUGCAGAAUAUGUUCAAAUUUGUUUGGAAGUAAAUCUGAUUUGAGCUUCAAGUUUUGAGCUCCUUAUCAAA